AUGCUGAAGGCGGUGGUGCUAUUGGCCGUGUUUAGUGUGAUUGGAGCGCAAAAGCAGCAUCAGCAGCAACCGCAUCAGCAGCAGCUGCAGCAGCAACAAUCGUUGCCCCGCUACAAGGAAAUUCCGAUAGUGAAUUUGGAAAAUGUGCUCGAGGUUGACGGGAAGUUCCGGUACAGCUACGAGGGUGGCGAUGGUACGCGUGCCGCCCAGGACGGUCAGCAGAUUGUGGUGAACAAUCAGGUCGGGACGGCUUCCCAGGGCCAGUACACGUACCAGGGUGACGAUGGCAAAACGUACUCCAUCUCGUACAUAGCGGACGAAAAUGGUUACCGGCCGGUGGGUGAUCAUCUGCCCACGCCACCACCAGUUCCUGCACCGAUUGCCCGCGCACUGGCGCAUCUGGCAACGUUGCCCCCGAGCAAGGAUGGGCCGGGCCGGAAGUUCUAG